AUGUCGAAGUCAGAGUCCCCGAAGGAGCCCGAGCAGCUGCGGAAGCUCUUUAUUGGAGGACUGAGCUUUGAGACGACCGAUGAGAGCCUGAGGAGCCAUUUUGAGCAAUGGGGCACGCUCACGGACUGCGUGGUAAUGAGAGACCCGAACACCAAGCGCUCCAGGGGCUUUGGGUUUGUCACCUACGCCACCGUGGAGGAGGUGGAUGCGGCCAUGAAUGCAAGGCCACACAAAGUGGAUGGAAGAGUUGUGGAACCAAAGAGGGCUGUGUCGAGAGAAGAUUCCCAAAGACCAUGCGCCCACCUCACUGUGAAAAAGAUCUUCGUGGGUGGCAUUAAAGAAGACACUGAAGAGCAUCACCUCCGAGAUUACUUUGAGCAGUACGGGAAAAUCGAGGUGAUUGAGAUCAUGACUGACCGAGGCAGUGGCAAGAAGAGGGGCUUUGCUUUCGUGACCUUCGACGACCAUGACUCCGUGGAUAAGAUUGUCAUUCAGAAAUACCACACUGUGAACGGCCACAACUGUGAAGUGAGGAAGGCCCUGUCGAAGCAGGAGAUGGCCAGCGCUUCGUCCACCCCGAGAGGUGGCUUUGGCGGCAGCCGCGGCGGUGGUGGUUAUGGUGGCAGUGGGGAUGGUUACAAUGGAUUUGGUAAUGACGGAAGCAAUUUUGGAGGCAGCGGAGGCUACAAUGAUUUUGGCAAUUACAACAAUCAAUCUUCAAAUUUUGGACCCAUGAAGGGAGGAAAUUUUGGAGGCAGAAGCUCUGGCCCCUAUGGUGGUGGCGGCCAAUAUUUUGCCAAACCACGAAAUCAAGGUGGCUAUGGCGGUUCUAGCAGCAGCAGCAGCUAUGGCAGUGGCAGAAGGUUUUAAUGACUACCAGGAAACAAAGCUUAGCAGGAGAGGAGAGCCAGAGAAGUGACAGGGAGGCUCCAGGUUACAACAGAUUUGUGAACUCAGCCAAGCACAGUGGUGGCAGGGCCUGGCUGCUACAAAGAAGACAUGUUUUAGACAAUACUCAUGUGUAUGGGCAAAAAAACUCGAGGACUGUAUUUGUGACUAAUUGUAUAACAGGUUAUUUUAGUUUCUGUUCUGUGGAAAGUGUAAAGCAUCCCAACAAAGGGUUUUAAUGUAGUUUUUUCUUUU